ACCGGCAUUCUCGCCGGAAUCCGUCACAACAAUGGAGCUUACCACCAUCCACCGCUCUUCUCUCUUAUUCCUCCUCUCAGUAACACUUAUCCUUCCGGCGGAGAUAACUUCAAUCGGAGUAAACUACGGUCAAAUCGGAGACAACCUCCCAUCACCAACCGACGUAAUCCCACUAAUAAAAUCAAUCGGAGCAACAAAAGUAAAACUCUACGACGCAAAUCCACAAAUCCUCAAAGCUUUCUCCAACACCGGAAUCCAAUUCAUCAUCGGACUUGGAAACGAAUAUCUCUCCAAAAUGAAAGAUCCUUCAAAAGCCUUAACAUGGAUCAAACAAAACGUUACUCCAUUUUUACCGGCGACUAACAUCACCUGUAUCACCAUCGGAAACGAAAUCCUCGCUCUCAACGAUUCUUCACUCACAAGCAAUCUCCUCCCGGCGAUGCAAGGAGUUCACUCUGCUUUAAUAACCGCCGGACUCUCCGAUCAAAUAACCGUCACCACCGCACAUUCUCUCUCAAUCCUCAAAUCUUCAUUCCCACCUUCCGCCGGCGAGUUUCAACCAGAUCUACUCGAUUCACUAACACCGAUCUUAGAAUUCCACCGGAAAACUGAUUCUCCGUUCUUAAUCAACGCGUAUCCUUUCUUCGCUUACAAAGGAAACCCUAAAGAAGUACCUCUCGAUUUUGUUCUGUUUCAACCGAAUCAAGGAAUCGUAGAUCCGGCCACCGGAUUUCACUACGAUAACAUGUUGUUCGCUCAAAUCGACGCCGUGUACUCUGCUUUAGCGGCGGCGGGGUAUAAGUCGUUGAGAGUUGAGAUAUCGGAGACGGGAUGGCCGUCGAAAGGAGACGACGAUGAGGUUGGAGCUACGCCGGAGAAUGCGAAGAGGUAUAACGGAAACUUGAUUAAGUUGAUGAUGAGUGGUAAAAAGACUAAAACACCCCUGAAGCCUAAUAAUGAUCUUAGUAUUUACGUUUUUGCCCUUUUUAAUGAGAAUUUGAAACCUGGUCCGACGUCGGAGAGGAAUUAUGGGUUGUUUAAACCUGAUGGGACUCAGGCUUAUUCGCUUGGGUUUGCUUUAAACGACGUCGUGAGAGGGGCUAGUGGUGGUGGUGGGAAUAGUAGUAGCGGUGGAGGAAGGGAAAAGACGCCGGUGUUUCCGGUUUCUCCGGUGGCGCCGGAUAGUGCGUCCACUGGUUAUUUGGCAAUUUCUGCUACUCCAGUAACGGGGAAAAGAAAAGGGAAAGGGGCAAUAUUGUCAAUGGUGGUAUUGAGCAUGUUACUGGCGAGACACUUACUUUGAUUACACUUAAACUUGAGUUAACUUAUAGAAGCAAAAGCUGUCCCCAAGCCUUUUUGCAU